AUGAAGACUUUGGCCACUGGUUUCAUCCUUGGGAGCCUUGUGUUGGCCCUCUAUCUGCCUUUUGUGGUGACUUUACCUAAAACACUGGCCAUCCCUGAGAAGCUGCAAGAAGCUGUUGGGAAAGUUAUCAUUAAUGCCACAACCUGUACUGUCACCUGUGGCCUUGGCUAUAAGGAAGAGACUGUCUGUGAAGUGGGUCCUGAUGGUGUGAGAAGGAAGUGUAAGUUUCAGCGUUUGGAAUGUCUGACCAACUGGAUCUGUGGAAUGCUUCAUUUCACCAUUCCCAUGGGAAAGGAGUUUGAGCUGAGCUGUCUGAGUUCAGACAUCCUGGAGGUUGGGCAAGAAGCUUUCCGGUUCACCUGGAGACUUGCUCGAGGUAUCAUCUCAACUGAUGAUGAGCUCUUCAAACCCUUCCGAGCCAAUUCCCACUUCGUGAAGUUUGCAUCUGCUAAGGAGUUUGAUUCUGGGACAUACCGGUGUGAUGUGCAGCUGUUAAAAAACUUGAAAUUUGUCAAGAGGCUUUACUAUGGGCUGAGGGUCCUUCCUUCUCACUUGGUGAACCUGAAUUUUGAUCAUUCCCUGACUGAGGGUCAGAAAUUAGUAGAUGAGGGCCUGGAAGUGAACCUGGACAACUAUUCCAGGCCUCCCCGUCCAACGUGGAAAAAGCAUGUGGCAUCUGCAUUGGGAAUAGGAAUUGCCAGUGGAGUGGCUGGUGGUGUGUUGGUGAGCAUAGUCCUCUGCAGUGGGCUGAGGGUGAUCUACAGUGACAACAGCCUUAACGGGUUAAAAACUUUGCGCCUGAUAAAAACUUUGCGCCUGAAGGACUGGCUAUUCAGGAAGCCGAAUUAG